AGGCUUGGAGCCCCCCUCUCUCAAUCUCUUUCUGAACGAUAAAACAUUUCAAAGGCCAAAGCCAUCUCAGAAAAACAAAAAUCUCACAAUGGCUUCAGGUGACGCAGACGCCAAAGAGAACCAGCCACCCUGUUCAUCUGUAUCUGGGCCUCGUCACCGCACCGAUUCAUUAGUUUCAACAGAAACUGCGAUCGUCGCAGAGCAUUCUACUUCGUCUUUUUCGGGAUGUUCUUUGCUGACUGCGAAUUCGAGUGGUCACACUGGUUCGUGUUCUUCGAAGCGGAAAAGGCCGCCCAAGAUCCAGAUUCCGCUCGUCUUGCAAGAGAUCCAAACGGACAAGCUCAAAUUUUUCGGAGAUUGGGCGACCCAAGAAGGCGACCCUUUUCGUUGUUUCGGCGAGCAUGGGGUUGGGGUUUCGUCCGUUAAAGGCAAGAAAAAGUUCAUGGAAGAUGCCUACAAGAUUGCUUCUUGCUCAUCUGGAAAAUCCAAGAAGGAUUUUUUUGGAGUUUAUGAUGGGCAUGGAGGUAAAAAGGCUGCGGAUUUUGUUGCUGAGAAAUUGCACGCAAAUAUUUUUGAAAUGCUGGAGAAUUGCAAGGGAAAUGAGGUGAAGGCGGAAGCAAUUGAAGCAGGGUACCUCAAAACAGACCAAGAAUUCUUGAAGCAGGGUGUAGCUAGUGGGGCCUGCUGUGUCACAGCUUUGAUUGAAGAGAAGGAGAUUGCUAUUUCAAAUUUGGGAGAUUGCAGAGCAGUGCUUUGUAGAAGUGGGGUGGCAGAAGCCCUUACAAAUGAUCAUAGAGCAGAAAGGGAAGAUGAAAGGCUACGAAUAGAGAACAAGGGAGGAUAUGUGGAGGUCCAUCGAGGGACUUGGCGAGUCCAUGGAGUCCUUUCUGUUUCUAGAAGCAUUGGAGAUGCCCAUCUAAAGGACUGGGUGUUGGCUAUGCCUGAAACAAAGGUUCUAAAUUUGACUCCAGACAUGGAAUUUCUCAUCUUAGCUUCUGAUGGACUGUGGGAAGAGGUUGGCAACCAAGAAGCUGUUGACAUUGUGACAAGGUUAUGUUUGGUUGAAAAAAAAAUAGAACCCAUGGGAGAUCUUCAAAAAGAAAAUGAUGAUGAAUAUGCCUGCAUAAGUACAAGUCCUUCUUCAAAGCAACGGAGGGUUUCAUUGGUCAAGAAAAAGAAAUCCAGUCAAUCUUCAAGCUAUAGUAAGAUAAUUGAUAGCUGGAAAGAAAUUGGGGAUGACUUUGCUUCUGAAAACGAAAGUCCUCCAUCUAAAGCACAAAAAAUAUCAUUGGUCAAGCGAAAGAACUUAAAAACUCAAUAUGUUAGCCAAGAAAACAAUGGCUGCAAGAAAAAACCUGCUUCUGCUGGACUUGUGGCUGCUUGCAAGGAGCUCGUGAACCUUGCUGUGAGUAGGGGAAGUUUUGAUGACGUUACUGUGAUUAUAAUUGAUCUAAAUCACUUCAGGUGCAUUCCUGCUUGCUUUUCGUCCCGUGAGAAGCCAGCCAAUGAUACAACUGCUGUGGCCAGGUCAGGCCAAAGCAUAUAUAUGUCAGUAUAUCUAACUAAGAUUGCAGGUCAGUGCCGUCUGAUCACUAUCACAUGGUGCAAGAAUUUACUGCUCCAUGACUUAUCUGUCUCUGUUCAAGCGCCUGAUGAGGGCUACCAGUGUCACUGCAAGGUCGAGCUGAAACCAUGGUACUUCUGGAGGAAACAGGGCUCAAGGCGCAUCAUGGUAGAUGGUAGGGUGGUUGAUGUCGUUUGGGACCUCAAGAGUGCAAAAUUCAAUGGCGAAACUGAGCCACGGUCAGAUUAUUAUGUAGCGAUCGUCUGCGAAGAAGAGGUGGUUCUACUUAUGGGUGAUCUAAAGAAAGAUGCCUAUAGAAGGACAGGUUGCAGGCCUGCUCUUCUUGAGCCUAUCUUGGUUUCAAGGAGGGAACAUGUGUUUGGGAAGAAGAAAUUUUCUACAAGAGUCAAACUCCAUGAGAAAGGGAGGUUCCAUGUGAUCUCAAUUGAAUACAACAAUAUGAUCAGCAUUAGAAACAGCAGCUCUCUUGGUGGGUUUGAUCCAGAAAUGGAAAUAAAGGUAGACGGGCAUUUAGCAAUUCAUGUGAAGCACCUUCAGUGGAAGUUUAGAGGUAAUGAGUCCAUACACAUGAACAAAACCAGAGUAGAAGUUUUCUGGGAUGUGCAUGACUGGCUCUUCAGUUCUGGUCCAAGGCAUGCCCUCUUCAUAUUCAAGCCAAUACCAUCAUCAACUACGCCCCCAUCGUUGGCAUCUUCCCCUCCAUUGUCAUCAACUCCGGAGGCGAAUUCAAAUUCCACCUCGUGGGAGGAGUAUAAUGCUGGUGACUCCCCUACGUUUUGCUUGUUCUUCCAUGCUUGGAAGGUCGAAUGA